AUGGCUGCCAUCGGAGUCACGAAAUCCAAACUUUCCGACCAGCGAUUCGUCAUUUACGGUGCUGGAUCUGCAGGCUUGGGGAUUGCAGUACAACUCCGGGAUGCUAUGGUUUCUACCGAUAAUGUCUCAGAGGAAGAAGCCAACCGCAAAUUUUACCUCUUGGACAAACAGGAACUCAUAAAAAAAGUCUUUACCUGA